GAUGCGCAAACUUACUUUCUUCGGACGUCAGUACGCAUGCGUGAAUUGUGUCAAUUGGUAGUGAGCGGUCUCUCUAAACAUAACCUCAAUUUUUACAAAGUGAAUAUAUAAUUACAUUUUAAAUAAUGGCUCAAUUUAAUUACUUAGAAAAGAUCGGUAUAAUUUUCCUGCUUGCUUUGCUUUUUUAUAUUGUUAAAUGUGUAGUUAAUUUAGUUUAUACUUACGUUAUUGGACCGGCAGUCAACAAAGUGGAUUUCAAAUCAAAAGGAAAAUGGGCUUUAAUCACUGGAAGCACUGAUGGAAUCGGAAAAGCUUAUGCCAAAGAAUUGGCUGCCCGUGGCUGUGAUAUUGUUCUCGUCAGUCGAUCUAUCGACAAGUUAAAAGCAACUGCCGCUGAAAUAGAGAGUGAAUAUAAAGUGAGUACGAAGACAGUGCAAGCUGACUUCUGCGAUGGCGACGCCAUAUUCGACAGGAUAUCGAAAGAGAUAACCGAUCUUGAGAUCGGCACGCUGGUUAACAACGUCGGGAUAUCGUACUCUUAUCCUGAAUAUUUCCUGGACUUACCCGAUUGGGAGCAAUCUGUCAACAACAUGAUCAAAGCUAACGUCGUAAGCGUUACUCGGAUGACCGCUCUCGUUCUGCCAGGCAUGGUGAAACGCGGGAAAGGUGUGGUUAUUAACAUCGGUUCAGGAUCGUCAAUCAUACCUAGCCCUCUACUAACCGUGUACGCUGCCGCGAAGGCUUUCGUCGAUAAGUUCUCAGAAGGUCUGGAUAUGGAAUACGGUAAAAAGGGCAUCAUAGUCCAAUGCGUUCUUCCUGGGUUCGUAUGCUCAAACAUGUCAGGUAUCCGAAGGAGCACAUUAAUUGCUCCAACCGCGAAGACCUUCGUUAAAUCCGCCAUCAGCCUAGUCGGAACUACCUCAAAGACUCCAGGCUACUUGCCACAUACUGUUUUCUUCUACGUCAUCAAUUCCAUCCAUGGCUUGGCGACUCGGUUCAGCGUCUGGUUGGUAACCAGGAGUAUGGAGAACACUCGCAGGAAGGCGUUGAGAAAGAAAUCAAAACUGGAAGCGUGAUACUGUGUAUAUAACGAAGAAUAUAAACAACUGUUGGAUAUUUUUAACUUUUAAUAGAAGUAUCCUAAGUAAAGUAUCUUCACACUAGUCUAAAGUCUAUAUGACUACAAAAUGAGCAUAAAUUAUACCAAUACUUUUAUGAAUUCAAAGAGAUUUUUUUU